AUGACCAAAGAAGCUGCACAACGUUGGCGACAAAGUUAUCGAAGAUAUCGCCAUUAUCGACAUGCCUUACGAAGUAUUAAUUUCUCCAGUUUCAUUGGUUUACAGAUAUUCGGUCGUCUUGCUCAGGCUUUUGUUGCUCUAGAAAAUCGCGGAUACCGCCAGCAGUGUAAAUUCAUAACCAAUGUUUACGCGAUCUUCCAAGACUACAUCGUCAGUCCAUUUGAUCAGGCGUUCAAUUGA